GCAGUCGCGUUGAUGAUAAAACAAAAACCGGUCACUCUGCAGGUCGUCGGCGCGCCGCACACAUUCUUUAGAUUUCCAGCCAGGGUCUUUACCUUGGUAUCCUAAUUUUUCAGCGUCCUCAUUUCACAAGUCAAAUCUCGUCAUCUAGCAGUCUCAAAGCACAGGCGUUCAUGACAUGGAUAAUCCAGCGCCUCCGCCCUUAAGUGCACAGGGGCAAUCAGACUGGGCUCCGAAGUCUUAUCGUGGUUCUGGAGUCAUUGCGAUGGGAAUGACCGGCCGUAUCCUUCGGCUUGAUGAAACGCGGGUCGUCAAAGUGGCGAGUCUUUUCCCUUCAUGGUUGCAACAGUGAGGCUCGUGACAGCACCGCAUAUUCAAACUCGAUCAAUCGUAAAACGUUGAAACAUGAGAAAGCUAUUUUCGAACGACUAGGCAACUAUAGAGGGAUCAUCCAUUGUUUUAAAGCCUCCGAUGACGGGAUCGAACUCGCCUUUGCAAAGCAAGGUGACCUAAAGAGGUACAUCGAGAAGAAUACCGAACCACACCAAUCCCUGAAAACUCAGUGGAUUUUGUCUCUCACAGACACUUUAUCUUACGUGCACUCACGUAAGGUCUUCGUGGACGAGAUCGCCCUCCGGAAUAUCUUGGUCAGCGAUGAAAAGCUCAAACUCGCUGAUUUUGGCCAGUCUGUGUUACUGUCUAUGGAUGCCAACGUAGAUACAGUGUGCGAGGAAGACUUGACUGCCAAAAUCAAAAUUCUUCACCUUGGCUGGAUCAUCUAUUCGAUCGUUGUCUGGCGUGUCCAUGAGUAUUAUUUCUUCGCCCAAGAUCCCCCUCAAUGGCCAAGCCAAGGCUUGCCCGCGUUAGAGGGUCUUAUCUGUGGCACGAUUAUUCAAAAAUGCUGGAGUGGACAGUAUGUUAGUAUGGGUACUUUGGAUAAGGAUGCUCGUGAUCUGUUGGGAAAAUGA